ACACCUUUCUCAUCUUCUCCAUUUCUUUCGUUACUCCACUGCGAUUUGCGACACCCUAAUCUCUCGUCUUUACACUGAUAAAAUUCAACUAGGGACCAUUGAGAUUUGAUACAAUGGCAGAGGAAGAACAUCAACUUGAGAUGAAGGAAGAGGUGAAAGAUGAAGCGACCAAUCUUGCACCUUUUGAUCCGUCGAAAAAGAAGAAGAAAAAGAAGGUUGUCAUUCAAGACCCAGCUGAUGAUUCCAUGGAACAGUUAGCUGAGAAAACUGAGAGCUUAUCUGUUUCUGAUGGCCUUGAACCCACUUUUACUGGUUUGAAAAAGAAGAAGAAGAAACAGUUGCAGACAGAUCUCCUGGAUGACGACAAAGAAAAUGGCGGCGAAGAUAUAGAUUAUCCUAUUGAAGAAGACGAGGAAGGAGAAGGAAUCGUCUUGCAACAACAAAAACUUCCAUGGGAAGGUACUGAUCGCGACUACAAGUAUGAGGAGCUUUUAGGCCGAGUCUUCCAUAUUCUCCGUGAAAAUAACCCAGAGCUUGCUGGAGAUAGGCGGCGAACAGUUAUGAGACCGCCACAAGUUCUUCGUGAAGGAACAAAGAAGACUGUCUUUGUGAAUUUCAUGGACCUCUGCAAAUCGAUGCAUAGGCAGCCAGAGCAUGCUAUGACCUUCUUGCUAGCUGAAUUGGGUACAAGUGGAUCUCUUGAUGGACAGCAAAGACUGGUGGUGAAGGGAAGGUUUGCACCAAAAAAUUUCGAAGGAAUUCUACGGCGAUAUGUCAAUGAGUACGUCAUUUGCAAUGGUUGCAAGAGCCCAGAAACAAUUCUUUCAAAAGAGAAUCGUCUUUUCUUCCUUAGAUGCGAGAAGUGUGGUUCAGGUCGAUCUGUUGCUCAAAUCAAGGCUGGGUUUGUGGCUCGUGUGGGCCGUAGAAAGGCUGGAACAUAAGUUUUGUGCAGUAUAUGUUCUUAUCUCCAACCGUAUUAUUUUCCGCUUCCGCUCGACUGAAAUGAGUUUUUGGAUUUUGAAGAGAAAUUGAUAAAAUUUAUGUUAGAGAGGUUCUGUUAGUGGGGUGUUUUUUGAUGGUACUGAAAUUUGAAAGCACCUGUGUUGCUACAAGAUGAUGAUAUUGAUUUUUUUGUGCCUCCCUCUAUUAAUACAUCACAUUGCAUGGUUUUUUAA